AGUAGAGUCAAGUUUCACAGUUCGGUUCAAGCUAAAUAGUGAACACAGAAUUUUCUUUUCUAUGUUGUGAGUCUUGUUGCCAUUGAGUUGGAUAAGAGAUUAUUUUUGCUGAAGACGAGCAUCAGAGUUAUCAGAAAAAUACCAUGAAAUCAUUUGGAAUUUAUUACCUCAUAACUACUGUCUUUCUUGUUAACUGUGAAACACAAGAAAAUGUUUCACUUCAAGUCCCCUUGUCAUCUUCUUCUUCACCCUCUAUUCCUGUUCCUGUAACAAAGGAGAGCCCUGAACUAAGUCAGAUUGAUCAGAUGAUUAAUAUACAUGAAAUAAGCACAGAACCACCUGAAGCACUGCCAACAAGAGAAACAGGCCUCAGUCCAGAACUUCCAAGCAGUUAUCUAUCACCUCUAUCAGAUAUUACUCAAGCUUCCCAGGUGCCACAGCAUCCACAAACUGAUAACUCAGAGACCUCAUUUGGCCUUGAGGAGACAAACAACUUGAAUGAAAUUUUUACAGAAGAUGAUAAACUGUAUAUUCAAGGAACCAUAGUGCCAGAAUUGAAAAAUGUUGUCAAAGAUUUUACCUCUGUGCCAACCCUGACAUUGAAUGAGCCAAGGGUGACUACAUUUGGUCAUACAAACAACGGUGUAAUCUUAGAAGCAACAAAAUCUUCCAGUGCACAUGCAGGUAUUGAUACAAAAAGUAGAAGAUUAAGACUUGAGCCAUGGAAGAUUGGCCUAAUAUCAGCAGCUGUGUUUCUUGCUGUUGAAGCUGUGGUGCUGAUUGUCUACUGUUUUGUAUGUAAAAGAAGAAGGAGAGCCAUUUUAACAAAAAGCUGUGAUCAGGACAGUGAAGCUUGUGAAACAAUCAAUGUGGAAUCCAAUGACAAUACACUGACAGGUGUUGAUGGAACAAUUAAUAGGUUACCUGCUCAGCAUACUGGGGACAGCUCACAGUCUACUGGCUAUCAGGAAGAGCAACAGAGAAGAACAGUGCAAGAUGGCCAUGUGGACUAUACAUCUGUGUGAUUUUGCAUUUAUGUGAAGUUCAAAAGUUCUGGAAGGACACUAGUAGUUAGUUACUAAUGCAGGACAUUAUUAUUACUCAUCUGCCCGUAAUUGUUAUUUAUUGCUUGGGUUACCACAUAAAAGGAACCGGUUUAUAACACAAUUUUUUUUAUACAUAUAUAUAAAAUGCUAACUGAACCAUGUGACAUGGAUAUUAAAUGUAUAUUCGUCUUGUUAUGGAGGAUCUACUUCACAGAUGAAGCUACUCUGUACAGUACUGUAAUUUUUCUGCAGUUGUAAAAUUGGUACAGGAUAACAAAUGAGUACCAUUAAGUGAAAUACAUAGCACAACAUUCUUGUGAGAUAUAUACUUUUUUGUGUUUUUGGCAGAGGAGAUUGUCAUAGGUUGAUAUAACACUGAAAAUGAUCAUGCAAAAUAUUACACUAUAAAAUAUUCACACUAUACAUUUCAGUUACUACUUUUACUAUACUUUUUUAGUCACUCCAUGUCUGCUGUAUCACAUUUUUGCGCUCUUAAGAGUUGUAUUGGUUUGUAGAGAUAUUUACCAAAUAUCCGUUUCAUUAUAAAAUAUCUCUACAAACCAGAUCUAGGCAGUGUCGGACUGGGAACCCAGGGGCCCACUAGAAAACCUUAGACCCUAGGCCCACUCUCCAAACUAUUUUUCCUCCUUUCCUCACCAAACCUCUUAAUUCUCCUAGUCUCUUUUAUUUACAUGCUAACAUUUAUUCUUCCAUCCAAUUCUCCUCUUUUUUACCAUUCAGAAAUAGGGAAUGACCAUGAAGCAGGCCAAAUGGUCAGGAGCAGGAGGGCCCACUGACACCUGGGCCAACCGGGAGUUUUCCUGGUAUCCUGGUGGGCCAGUCCAACACUGGAUCUAGGCAACCAAACUAGUGUUGCAGAUGUCCUAAUACUCCUUGACUGACUCCCUGAUGAGUUAAAGGGCCACUAUAUACAUGAGUUGUGGUUAGUACAUGUGAUUUCCCAUACUAGUAUAGUUUUCUAGUAAUGUUCUGUGCAGGUUAUGAGAAAGUUAAGUGACUCCCUAUUGUACCUCUGUAGGUGGGAAACCAUUAAUGCUGGCUUGUAUUUAGCAACAUCCCUAAUGCUAUGGGAUCAUGCCAUCUGGACAACAAGGCACAAAGCAGUUAGCUUCUUGCGAGGGGAUUCUAAAACAGAUAAGGAGGGGUUUAGGUGGUGAUAGGGAAGGUUGCAGCCAACUUAUGCAAGACUAAAACUGCAAAGUAAGUCAGUAGUAGCUUUAAGGAACCUCAGAAGAAACGUCAAAAUAAAACAGAAUUCACAACAAAUAAAUAUUAUCAUUAGACACGUACCAUGGGAAAAAGUAAUGAAAAUUAAAUGUAUAGGGUAUUUAAUGUAUAGUUUUGCCUCAGGAAUGGAUGUUGGUAAAAUGAUGCAAUAAAAAAAAACCAUAAUGUGCUUAAAGGGGUGGCCAUAUUUGCCACCCAAUUAUCAGUAUAUAAUCGAUGGCUUGAUAAGCAACAUUGAUUUACUUGUUUUCGAACAACUGAUUUCCCCAGCUAAAUUAACUCUUCAGAUUAAGAAAUCAACUACUUGUAAGUUAAUGGAUAAAUAAUUGUACAAGUAUAGGAUCCAUUAUCCGAAUUACGGAAAGGUCAUCUCCCAAAAAUGUAAAAGGCAAAAUGUCUUUUUUAUUGUCUUUUUCUAUGUAAUAAUAAAUCAGUGCAUUGUACGUGAGCCUAACUAAGAGGUAGAAGGUAACAAUGCUAUUGGGUUUAUUUAAUGUUUAAAUUAUUACAAUUAUUACAAUUUGGAGAUCCAAGUUACGGAAAGACUGGAUUGGACCUGGAUAACAGUUCCAAUACCUGUAAAACAGUUAUACUGUAUAUAGUAACAUAAAAUUUAAUUCAAGUUAGUCCAGUGUAAUAAAUAUGUCUUUGAAAAUGCAUGUAAGACGCUGAAUUAAAACCACCUAAUAUAUCAAGUGUAAAGUGAAAGUAACCUUCUCUUUAACUACAUAAUAAAUAUUCAUAUUUAAUCUUUUUAAAAUAUAAAUGUAAAAGGUCACUAACAAUUCUGAUUUGCUACUGAUGCCUUUUUUGCAAUUUUAUGAUUCCCAGUAUGGUUAUCUUGCUGAGACACCUGCUGGAAAGAAACGAAAACAAUCCACUUUCAUUCUCUCCAUGGGCAAUUUAUAUUGUCUGCAAAAUAACUGAAGAAAAAAAAAAUAAAAAAAAAACAAAACAAAAACAUUUGUUUUGCAGGGGGUACACCGUUAAACCACUAUAAAAAUGUAAUAACUAGCUGCUCAUUUGCAUAGUUUGCAAAGGAAACAUUAGUUUCAGUAAUGAUUUUUAUGGUGUACUUUUUAGUUCUAAAUUACACUGUUUACACACCAUUUACAAUUUUAUUCUUGAACCAACAAAUGUAUUGUUUUUUAGUUGUAAUAUUGGUGAGUAGGUGCCAUCUCAGUGCAUUGUGCCUGAUUCUGAGCUUUCAGAAGGAGUCAACACUACGGGGCAGAUUUAUCAAAAUAUGAGUUUAGAGCUUAAUACAUAAAUACUCACCCAAUACACACCCAUGUUAUAUUAAUUCCUAUGGAAUUUAUAGAAGUGUAGAAGUUAGAACUCACCAUUUGAUUAAUACACUUCUAAAAAUCCCAUAGGAAUGAAUAUAACGUUGGUGAGUUUUUGUGUAUUAAUCUCUAAACUCACAUUUUGAUAAAUCUGCCCCUACUCAUUAGAACUGCUUUCAGAAAAAAAAUGAAUUUCAAUGCAGGAUUCUGCUGGAGAAGCUCUAUUAACGGAUGCAUUUUGAAAAAAACAUGUUUUCCCAUUCCUUUAAGACAUCAUCACUAAUUUUAUCUGCCAUGUGAAUGUAUGAAUGAUGUCAGCAAAUUCUUGGGGGAGGGUCAAUGCUCCUUUAACAGCUCAAUUUCCUGUGUUUUGUAGUUUUAUACAAAACCUUAAUUGUAGUUGUAAGACAGUUUUUGCUAUGUAUUUCUUUUUUGUGAAAGCAAUAAAUAAAAUAAUAUUAAUAAUGCGCA